AUGUCGUUCCUCACAGAGAGCAUUUUCCGCCGCGUGGCGACGGCCGCCCCGAGAAUCUCGGCCACCACCUUGGCGCCCCGUGUUGCUACUGCUUCGUUCAUCCACAGCCGGCACCUGUCCAGCACCGCGCCUCAGCGCAAGACCGUCACCGAGGCCGCCAAGGACACGCUGAAGUCGGUCGACCGUGCCGUCUCGGACAAACUUGUUGACGGCAUCAACAUUGGCUCCGCCGUUGCCGACAAGGCCAAGGAGGCCAGCAAGGACAUUACCGGCGGCCGGGUUGCGGAUAAGGCGGAGGAGCUACGCGACGACCUUGCGUCCAAGGCCAAGCACGCAAAGAACGACGCCGCAUACAAAGCCGGGGAGCUGCGCGACGACCUUACGUCCAAGGCCAAGCACGCAAAGAACGAAGCUUCAUACAAGGCCGAUGAGCUGCGCGACGACCUUGCGUCCAAGGCCAAGCACGCCAAUAACGAAGCCGCUUACAAGGCGGACGAGUUUACAAAGGAGAGAUGA